GGAAACCUCCACCAUACUUUCGGGCAGGGAGGAAUCUUUUGUGCGCUACACGGUGCUGGCGACGAGUAGGUACCUACUUAAUGCUUACUGGUGCCGGCGGUUGAACUACGCGCGAAAUCUCUCGUCGGGGGCGCGCUCCCGGUCAUCAUCAUCACUGCUGGCUGGCUGCUGGCGUUGCUCAACAACAAUAACAAUCAAUUUAUCAAGCUCUGCCUGCGCUAGUGUCGCGCGAGAUCGUGCAAGGCACAGCAGUUUCGCGAAUCCUGCUCGGAAGGCCCUUUCGUCGGAGGGGGACUUAGUACGGUGAAGAUUGUUGAAUGAUUCUGGAUGUGAUCUGGACGUUCUGGACGCGUGUUUCCGGCGGUAGUGAUCCUGGACGUGGACUAAAUCUGAUAGUGCUAAAGGUGUGACCGGUACGAACAAGACUAGAAGAAUACGAUAUCGCGUGAAGAAACGAGAAUUCAAUUAGCAUAAGCGUUUGUUGAAAAGUGUGCAAAUCUUCAAUUGAGACAAUUGGAACAACCUCCAUCUGGCAGUGGGAAAGUGAGUGGAAGGUGUCACAAGUAGGCCUCGCCCGGGAGCAUUGAACAGUGGAAGAUAACAGUAAUCGUAAACGUCAUGAUCAUGUAAUAUGAAAACAAAAAUAGUACGAAAUUUCGAGAGUAAACAUCCAUUGAUAGACCGUGGUAGGAGAGAUAUGGAACUGAAGAUCGCGAAUAAUGCACCCAAAAAACGUUCGUCAGAUAAAGCGAGCGGCUGUGAGUUGGGGAUUGACGAGCGAACAGGUCGACUGCAGUGGUGCCCGGGCUAUCGGUUCGCGAAAGUGUUGUUUGUGAUACCGGCCGCCAUGCUGCCGUUGGCGCUGUUGUUCCUCGUGCUCACACGGCUGCACGUGGUGGGAUCGGUCAAUCAUUCCACGUUGAAGCGUCACGACGACCACGAUCUUCGCUACUACGCUGAUCAUACAAACAAGCUGGACGAACUGCAGUGCAAACCAGUGCGAAGUUCGUUAUCGGAGGUGUUGGAAGCGGAGGAGCGUGAUAUCUUGAAAGAUGUGAGAACUUCGUUUGUGCCGAGCAGUUCGGUGAUUCACUGCGCUCCUGAUGAUCGAUACGAUGAUCUACACUCGAUACCGGACGACGUGGGACGGUCGGAUAUUGUCAAUUUCUUCCGGGCGAAGAGGUUUUCGAAUCGGCAAAGGAAAGCGAAGAAGUCAGUUCUACAAAAGAUCGCCUGGAGCAGCGACGGCAGCGCGGAGAGUAUAAGGUCGGCCCAGGUGGAGAUCAUGAAGAAAUACAUGGAUCUGAAGACGAAUCCAUGUGACGACUUUUACCAGUACGCUUGCGGCAAUUGGGAUCGCGUAAACCCGAUUCCCAAGGACAAAGCCGGGUUGGAUACGUUCGAGAUGCUCCGGGAAAGUUUGGACAGUGUCCUGAAGCACUUGUUGUUGGAGACGAGUGAUGGAAGCUUGCUGGAAAUUGAAAACUCGUUAGGAACGACUCUGAAUCCAUUGGAAACCGAACACCUACGAAGGGUUAGGAAGCGGAUCAUAAGCAAACGUGACACGUUGAACAAGCUGGUCCGAGAAGCGCAAAUCAAGAAAACUAGACGAGAACUAGCAUCUCACGUGGCGCUUGAGAACGCCGUGGAAAACGCGGAAACCAAAGCCCGACAUCUUUUCAUAUCGUGUAUGAACUACUCGCUCAUCGAACAACGAGGUCUUGAUCCGCUGUUCAAGCUGAUCGACACUCUAGGUGGAUGGCCCGUGCUGAAUCCCGAUUGGGACGGAGAGAACUUCGAUUGGCUCAACCUGACAGCCCAAAUCCGUAAGUUCAACAACGACAUUCUGAUCGUUGAGUGGGUCGGGCCGGACAUCAAGAACUCCGACGAAAACAUCAUCCAGUUUGAUCAGACUUCUCUAGGCUUGCCAACUCGCGAUUACUUCCUGCAACCGUCCAACAAGAAAUACCUGGACGGAUACAAGCAGUUUAUGAUCGAUGUUAUUCAGUUGCUUGGAGUCCAACCGGAUGUCGCCAACGUCGCAGCCGACGAAAUGUUGGACUUUGAAAUACAGCUUGCUAACAUCACCAGCUCCGUUGAGGAGCGCAACAACGUCUCCGUUCUAUACCGGAAGGUCAUUCUGGAAAAUCUCCACGAGGAAAUUCCGGAAAUUGAUUGGACACGCUACCUCUCGAUCGUCAUGGAGAAACCGAUCAACAGUUCUGAAUUUGUGGUGAUGUUCGCCGUGAACUACAUGAAGGAUUUGGUACUGCUGAUCAACGACACUGAACCGCGCACGGUAGCCAACUACAUCCUGUGGAGGUUCGUGAGGCAUCGCAUCAACAACCUGGACGAUCGAUUCCUUCAGGCCAAGCAAAAGUUCUCCAACGUGCUCUUCGGUCGUGAAAAAAGCCCUCCCAGGUGGAAGAACUGCGUCAACCAAGUCAACGCCAACAUGGGAAUGGCAGUCGGUGCCAUGUUCGUUCGCAAAUACUUCGACGAAAACAGCAAACGGGAUACCCUGGCAAUGACCCAUGAACUACAGCAGGCGUUCCGUGAGAUUCUUAACGAAACCGAGUGGCUAGACUCCCCAACCAAGCACCUGGCAGAAAUGAAGGUCAACGCCAUGUCCCUCAGAAUCGGAUACCCGGACUUCAUCCUCUCCCACAAGGACCUCAACGAGAAGUACGCCGAUCUGGAAAUCCACCCGGAAAAGUACUUCGAGAACACGCUGAACGUCCUCAGCCACAUCCGACGCACCGAUCAGAACAAAAUCGGCCAAACCGUGAACAAAACCGCUUGGCACACGGCUCCGGCCGUCGUCAACGCCUACUACAGCCGCAACAAGAACCAGAUCAUGUUCCCGGCCGGCAUUCUCCAGCCACCGUUCUACCAUCGCUACUUUCCCAAAUCGAUGAACUACGGCGGCAUCGGGGUCGUCAUCGGGCACGAGCUUACCCACGGCUUCGACGACAAGGGACGCCUCUUCGACCGCGAUGGCAACCUCUACCGCUGGUGGAGCGAUCACGCGAUCGAGGCUUUCCACGAACGCGCAACCUGCCUGGUCCAGCAAUACGGCAAAUAUACCAUUGACGAGAUCGGUGUCCAGAUCGACGGCGAGAACACCCAGGGAGAGAACAUCGCCGACAACGGCGGCAUCAAGCAAGCCUUCCGGGCCUACACCAAGUGGCUCUCGGAGCAGUCCGAUCCCCGGGUGCUGGAGCAGGAAACCUUCCCGGAGCUGAACGUCACCAGCGCCCAGCUGUUCUUCCUCAACUUUGCCCAGGUGUGGUGCGGAGCGAUGCGACCAGAAGCCACCCGGAACAAGCUGAAAACGGCCGUGCACAGUCCGGGCCGGUUUCGAGUGAUCGGAACGUUGUCCAACUCGGAGGAUUUCGCCCGAGAGUAUGGCUGCCCGGUGGGCAGUGCCAUGAACCCGGCCGACAAGUGCAGCGUUUGGUGAGUGCACCACUUGAAGCCGCUUCCAGUGAAAGUCAUUCCACUUGUAAAUGUAACCGAAAUAAACGAUAUCAGCUAGCUUUAACCAAC